UCAAGAGUAUCAGUACUUCCGGAAUAUAAAAUAAUUUUAAUUGUUUUAAUUGUCGCAAAAAAAAAAAAAUUAUUUUGCUACAAGUAUCGUAUAAUAUAUCGUUUGAGUGCGAGUUUGUGUGUUUCAAUCUUAUUCGAAGCAACAAGAAAUUUUUAUCUUCGUUAUGGCAAAUGAUAACGAGAUCAUCGUGAACUCCCAGAAAAAAUCAGUAGACCUCGCGAAGAAGGAAUUGCGCGCGAUAUUGGGAAAGAUGAACGAGUUGAGGCUUUCGAUUAAAACAUGGAGAUUGCUCCAAAUUCGUUCGCGAUUAAAACCAAUGAAACCAAUGAAAUUUCGCGCGAGACACCUGUGGAUUUUGCUGAUCAUAUGGAUAACGGUGCAAGUCAUUCGAAAUCGCAUUCAGACAUACCGAUAUAAUAAGUGCUUGAUAACAGUGCCCUGGUUUACGCAAAAAGUUUUCCGACCGCCAGAAGAUUGUUCGAUCUGCCAGGACAUUCAACAGGUUGACAAGCUCUCGGCCAUUGAUCCAACGAUCUUCGAGCAACGCUACGCGUAUUCGGGUAAACCAGUGGUGAUAAGCGACGCCAUGGCCAACUGGACGGCGCCCAAAGUCUUUUCUUUCUCAUUUUUUAAAACGCUAUAUUACGAAAAGGAAGCAAAUUGCCAAUUUUUCUCGUACAAGACGGAAUUUCGGAGUCUGCAGGAUGUUUUCGAUAUGAACGCUAGUCGAGCCACAAUGGAAAAGGGCACGAAGCCCUGGUAUGUCGGAUGGAGCAACUGCGAUGAGAAAAUUGGCACAAUAUUGCGUCAGCAUUAUCAAAGACCGUAUUUUCUCCCAGCUACCGCCGAAAGCGAGAAAACGGACUGGAUUUUUAUGGGGAGCCAUGGCUACGGUGCACCGAUGCAUGUGGAUGAUGUAGAACAUCCCUCCUGGCAAGCACAGAUAAAGGGUGAAAAAUUGUGGAUUUUGGAACCGCCGAGAGAAUGUCACUAUACUUGCAAGAGACUCGAAGUGAUAGUGCAUUCAGGAGAAAUAAUUGUUUUGGAUACGAAUCGAUGGUACCACCAGACGAAAAUCGUUUCCAAAGAUAUGAGCAUCACCAUCGGUGCUGAAUAUGAUUAAUUAUAUAAUUUAUUCAUCAUAACGACAAUUGACAAGUAGAUUUAAUAAGAAAAAAAAUAUAAUAAAUAUAAUAACUGUUCUAUGCAAAUGUACAAAAUAUAA